CGGAGUCCCAGGAUCUCAGGAGAGGGCAAGCACGCGGGGCUGGGCGGGGAACCGCUCAAGUGUGGUGGGUGGCGGUGCUGGAUCUCUGCUAUCCCGGAUGUCUCAACCCUAGAGCACGUUUCCGCGGCCCUCUUUGCAGGCGCGCCCUAGGUGUACCUUGGGUCCCUCAGUGGCGCUGGGAGCGUUCCCGCCCCCCCCCUCCUCCUUCAGCGCCUGUCCUUUCUCCGGACAGAGUCAGUAGCAGGUAAGGAACCCGGGCUGCAACAGUACGCGGAGACGGCGGCAAAGGCUGAGGCAAAAGCCGCAGUGGAACAGAGGAAGCUGGGGUGCUGCAGACCAAGCUGGUGCAGCCGGCGGGUCCGCGCGCCCCCCUCGGUCCUCUUACCAGAGGCUGGGGUUGGAUGGGGGGACAAUUGCGACUCUGAGGGGAGAAUGGAGGAGAAAGCCAUGCGGCUGGGGUCUCCCUGGCGCAGCAGCGUCUCUUCAUGCAACCGGUGCGGCUGGGUAGCGAAGGCGGGGAGGCGGUUGAAGCGCGAUGGCCCCGUGGUUCCCAUCUCCGCCUCAGCCUCGGCCUCCACCUCUUGUCGCGCUGCCACCUCCUGGCUCCUCUGCUAAGGGGCCACCGGCACUCAAGCUUCUUUUUAGGUGCACCUUGUCCUUAUGCGUCACCUCCCCGUGCUACAGUCUUCUGGGCGGCUCGGGCUUCCUGCAAUUCCCACAGGCACUGCGGGAGCCGCUGGGCGCCUCCGCCAAGCUUCUGCCAAGGCCGCCGCCACCCUCUCUGCUGCCUGCGCCCCCCCAUCCCCGUGAGCCUCGGCGCCCCCUUGCAGCGCCUGCACCGCGGCCCAGCAACAGGCGCUGUGGGGAGCGACCCCAGGCCCCUGAGCUGCUCGCUGUCCCCCCGGGGCAGACGGCUGGUGCCUGGCGACCAGAGGCACCCAGGAUGCCUGUCCUCGGCCCCCGGUGGUCCCCAGCGAGAUGAUCAUGGUGCAGAGCGCACUGCUGGAGAGGGAAGCGCAGGGGUCCAGCAUCUCCAAGUAGGAGAUCCCAGGACGAAGGACGGCCAACCUGGGCAGCCAGAGGGGCAGCGUUGCCAGCAUCCCCGAAUCUGGGGAGGAGAAGCUGCCACAGGCGCUCAUCAUCGGUGUCAAAAAAAGGGGACCCGUGCGCUGCUGAAGGAGAUCCGAGUACACCCGGACUUGGGGGAGUUGGAUGUAGAGCCACAUUUCUACGAAAAGGGGCUGGAUUGCAGAGAACAAAUCCCAGUAGAUGUCUAUGAGGGUGACAAGAGGAGGACUCCCUGAAGGCUUCUCUUCCACUGUGUCCAACGAAAGUCUGAUUUUCCUGGGUUGUGAGAGCUCAAGUGGAAUUUGAGCAAGACAAGAGCUGAAAAACUUCACCAGGGACCUGUGGAGCAUGGGCCUGUGUGACUAUGAAGAUUCACAUUUGGGUAAUUCAUUGCUAUCUUUGGAUUGGGACUACCUGCCUGAUACACACAUGCAGGUCUGUGGCUGGAGCAUAUUACAUGCUCAAAAUUCCUGUGCUGAAAAGGAAUGGAUAAAAAGAAAACACAGAGGUGGAGCAAGAUGGCAGAGUGGUGGCCUAUGGGUACAUUCAGGAACAGUAUGAACUGUGGUGUAUGCAUAUGACGGAAUACUGAAGAACUAUGAGAACGAGUGAAGCUGUGAGACAUACAAGGUGGCUGUCUGUCCUUCCCAAAUGUGCCAGUUUGAAACUUUUAUGGACCCCAAGAAAGACAGUGUUCUGUGAUGCAAUCUUGUGAGGCAAACAUUAUAUGUG